CACUUCUCUACUUUCAUUUCUCCCCUUACAGUUCCAGAUAACGCCCCCAAAUGGCCGGCUCCUCCACCUCCAUCUUCUCACCCACCGCCACCGCCGCCGCCGCCGCCGCCGCCACCACCACUACCUCCUCCUCCUCAACCCACCGACUACUCUUAUACAAUUUCCCCUCAAAAAUCACGCCACAAUUCAACAGACCCACCACCCGCAUCUUCGUCUCUUCUUCCACCAACACUUCUCGCGCCGCCGCCGCAGCUUCAAAAAACGCCGCCGAAGAAAUCGUGUUCUUCGACGGAGGCGCUCACUACGGAGACCUAGUAGCUAAUCUUCUUCUGGGUUUUACUCUGCUUUGGCUGCCCUUGACUCUGGCCGCGGUUUCUAGGGCUUUUUACCUCAGGUACAGGUUCACCAACUUGCGGGUAACGGUGAUUUCGGGGCUGACGGGUGAGGAUAGAAGCGAUUUCUCGUAUCAGGUGAUCAAGGACGUUCAGGUAGUGCCACGUUUCAUCGGAGAAUGGGGAGAUGUUGUAAUUACUCUACAGGAUGGUACCAAGGUUGAUCUUAGGAGCGUUCCCAAGUUUAGAGAGAUCGCUAAAUACUGUCUUUCUAUGGCAGAUAAACCCGCUGUUCCUAAAGAGAGUGGCCCUAAAGGAUUUUAGAGACAUGGAUUCAAUUCCCUUGUAAACUCUCUGUUUCUUUGCCAGAGCUAUGUACGUAAUUCUAACUUUUACUCCUUUUUUGUUUUUGAAUUUCUUCUUGGGAUUCGGAUGGAGGAUGUAUCAUUUAUAUAUGUGUAUCAAAUUGUGGGAAUUAGUUUUGCAUAUAUACAGUUCUGUAUUGAAUUUUGCAAGGACUAUGUGAUUACUUUAGAAAGUAACAAAGAGCAGCGAAUUUGAGAGACUA